GAGGCACAGAAGAGGUCCCAGUGUGAGAGUGAGGAUUCAGCCAGGGCCAAGGUCAUAGUGACAAGUUCCCAACAAGGCAACGCAGAGAAGCCCCAACGAAGGUCAUGGAGGGGGGCCCAGCUGUCUGCUGCCAGGACCCUCGAGCAGAGCUGGUGGAGCGGAUGGCAGCCAUCAAUGUGACCCAUUUGAAAGAGGAAGAUGGAAACCCAGAGCCUCCCAGGAAUGUUGUGGACUCUCGGCCCCGGGCUAGAGCUGCUUCUGUGAUCCCAGGCAGUACUUCAAGGCUCCCCCCAGCACGACCCAGCCUCUCAGCUAGAAAGUUCUCCUUGCAGGAAAGGCCAGCAGGAAGCUGCCUGGAAGCCCAGGCUGGACCUUAUGCCACAGGCCCUGCUAGCCACAUCUCUCCUCGUGCCUGGCGGAGACCUACCAUUGAGUCCCACCAUGUGGCCAUCUCUGACACAGAGGACUGUGUGCAACUCAACCAGUACAAACUGCAGAGUGAGAUUGGCAAGGGUGCCUAUGGCGUGGUGAGGCUGGCCUACAACGAAAGUGAAGACAGACACUACGCAAUGAAAGUUCUUUCCAAAAAGAAGCUACUGAAGCAGUAUGGCUUUCCUCGUCGCCCUCCCCCAAGAGGUUCCCAGGCUUCCCAGGGAGGACCAGCCAAGCAGCUGCUGCCCCUGGAGCGGGUGUACCAGGAGAUUGCCAUCCUGAAGAAGCUGGACCAUGUGAAUGUGGUCAAGCUGAUCGAGGUCCUGGAUGACCCAGCUGAAGACAAUCUCUAUUUGGUGUUUGACCUCCUGAGAAAGGGGCCGGUCAUGGAAGUGCCUUGCGACCAGCCUUUCUCCGAGGAGCAAGCUCGCCUCUACCUGCGGGACGUCAUCUUGGGCCUCGAGUACUGUGAGUGUGGGCGCCCGCCUUCUGGGGCCUUGGAUGUAUGGGCCACUGGAGUUACUCUGUACUGCUUUGUUUAUGGGAAGUGCCCCUUCAUUGAUGAGUACAUCCUUGCCCUGCAUAAGAAGAUCAAGAACGAACCUGUGGUUUUCCCGGAGGAGCCUGAGGUCAGCGAGGAGCUCAAGGACUUGAUCCUGAAGAUGCUGGACAAGAAUCCUGAAACGAGAAUUGGGGUGCCUGAUAUCAAGUUGCACCCCUGGGUGACCAAACAUGGGGAGGAGCCCCUGCCCUCAGAGGAAGAGCACUGCAGUGUGGUAGAGGUGACUGAGGAGGAAGUAAAGAACUCAGUCAAGCUCAUUCCUAGCUGGACCACAGUGAUCCUGGUCAAGUCUAUGCUGAGAAAACGUUCCUUUGGGAAUCCAUUUGAACCCCAGGCACGCAGGGAAGAGCGUUCCAUGUCUGCUCCAGGGAACUUAGUGACGAAAGAAGGGUAUGGUGAAGGAGGCAAAAGCCCGGAACUCCCUGGCGUCCAGGAAGAUGAGGCUGCAUCCUGAGCCCUUGCAUGUGCCCAGGGCCGCCGGUAGCAUGUUCAUCCCACACCUCCAGAGGCCCACCGCCCUCAUGCAACAGCUGCCUCUGCAGGCAGGGGGCUAGGGACUGCAGUCCCCUCCCUGGCCCCCUCCCCUGUUGUGCUGCAUGACCUGUGCACAGGCAUGUUCAGGGACAGGAUUGGAAUAUGUGUCAUCCAUGGCAUGGGGAACAGGGCCCCCAAGGGGCCUUCCUUCUGGUUCCAGCUCUUCUUGGCCUAACCUAUCCUGUGGGGAACCCAGGCUCAGAACAGAAGGUAGGAGACCAAGAUGACAGGUGGAACCCUGGCUUAACUACACUCUGAGACCUCCACGGCUGGGUGGGUCUGGCUCAGCUUCCAUACUGCAUGGAGGAUUUUGCUCUGUUCUGGGCAUGGAGGUACACAAGCUCCCUUCCCCACAAAUGCGGUUAUGAAGGCUCUGACCUCUAUAAUGUAUGCCUGGACCUCAGCAGGGAGAAGGCCAAAACUGGAUAUGAAAUUCA